AUGGCAGCAAAUAUGAAGGAAAAGUUCAGAAAGUAUUGGGGUACUCUAGAGAAAAUAAACAAAAUGAUCUUUAUUUUAUCUGUAUUGGAUCCCCGCAACAAACUUGAAUAUGUUUCUUUUGCAAUUGUGGACAUGUUUGGAAAAGAAAUUGGGGACAAGUUGUCCGAUUCAGUGAAGUCAUAUAUGAAAGCCUUGUUUGAGCAUUCUGUUAAGAAAUCAAAAAACUCUUCAUCUUCAUCCACUUCUUAUUCUGGGAAUUCUUCAUCCAUAAGUGGUUAUGAAAACUUUCAAAGAAGAGAAAUUAUGAGAACUAAACAACAAUUUGAGAAGCAUAAAGGAAUUAGUAGAGGUUCAAGCAAUAAAUUUGAGUUGGGAAAAUAUCUUACUGAAGAGAUUGAGCCAGAUUUAGAAUAA